AUCGUACGGUCCAGAUUCCACAAAAGUACAAACUGCAGUUGGACCCAUGGGCCAGCGCCACCGAGCCACCGCCGCCGGUCUCACCGCUCGCCGGCUCGCCGUCUCGCCUUCCAGCCAUCGCCGCCGCUCCGGCGACAGCCCCUUCGCCUCCGCACUCACCAUUCCCGCUUCUACGGCGUGCCAUAGCGCCGCCGACGCGGGGGGACUCGCGGCAGUGCCUCUCCUCCAGACGACCAGACCAAACGCGUGGCGGCGGCGCCGUGGAAGGCACGGUGGAGACGUGAGCAACAGUGCCCUCCCGUCUUCCUCCUCACUCACCUCGCGUCCCUUGCCCCCACGGGGUCGGUGAUCACAGCGCCAAGACGAGAGCAAAAUUCUCAUCCGGGAGGGACGCAUCGGGGAGGGGACAGGUCACAGGUUGAGGUUGCAAUCGGGGGGCGCUCGUGCGCGGGGCAGCAUUUUGGGUUCACUGUCGCGUCCAUCCCCAUGCUGUUCCCCCCUUCAGGCGCAGCAGCCGCGUGGAAGGUCGCUCGCUGGUGGCCACGGGGGAAUCCCCUGAUGCGAGGUCGUCGUCAUGGAGACAUCCGCUGCUGGUCAGUUCUGUUCCUCACCAAGGCGGAGCAAGCUGGACCAACCCGAUUAAUUGGCUCGUGUAGAAUUAACUUGACAAUUUGACUGACAUGGAUGAUAGCCAUAGUGGUGUCCCAUUUAAGCCAAAUUAUUGGUUAGGACAGGGCCAAGUAAGGUUUUGGGUGUUUUAUGAGUGAGAUCUGACCUGGCUGGGUUUAGAUCAUCCUCUUUUAGUUCGAACGCCCAACAGGCAACAACAAAGGCGUGAUGUAGCAGCAUAUAGGAACUACUAAUAAGCAAACUAACAAGUUCAGAUGAUAACGGCGAUUGGCUAAUUUUGGACCCACGGUAUGUAGUCAUUGCUUGAGAAAUCGAACUUACUCGGCCCCAAAAUCCUGGACAUUAGUUUAAGAUCUUAUGGUCUAAGCGUCGUGGAAUGACAUACGAUGCUUGAUUGAAAAGGAAGAUAUGAAUCCACUCGGUCUUGCUAGCUACCAAUGAUUUCCUAGAUCCCAAUAUCCUGUGGCAGUGAAAUUAAUUGGUCAUAUAUACAUACAUAUAUAUAUUUCUACUGUAUCAUCGUACAACUUGCAGGGGUAGUUAGAACUCGUGGUAAAUUAUUCCAUUGUCUCAUCAUCGUAGCUUGUUGUUUUGAAAGAGUUAGCCUAGUUAGAUUAGAACCUUUCUGGAUAUAACUUCUCACCAUUCAUGGUCAUAUUUCAGAAUCAAACCCCAUGAAGGCAUAGGAGUAGUGCGCCAACUUCUGUAUGAUUCCUGCAGAGACAAAUGAAUUGAAUUGUUCCAAUAGAAUACACUCUGUCUGUCAAAGAAAAAUACUCAUGAAUAAUUUAGUAGGCACUAGAAGUUACAUUUUCCUGGCAGUUCAAUAUUCCAGUUGAUUGCUGCAGUCUGUGCCUUUACGUGAACUUGCGAUAAGUCACUAAGUCUGUGCCUUUAUAGGGAUGUCUUACUGAGGGAACCUGUAUUCAAGAUGCAAGAAGCUAGGAGUGGAGAACUAGAUGAAACUUGACCUUUUCCUACCUAAUCCAUUACGCUAUAAUCAAACUCAGAUUGGAUUACGCGUUUUCCAGCUGCAAAGUUGAUAAUCCAGGUUGUUAUUCAGUGGAUUUAGCUGAUUGGAAAUGUCGGACCUGUUUCAAUUAUAUUUGUUGAAUUUUUCUAACUGAUCAUGAACUGAAUCCGUUUGGUCCGAUAUUAACCUGAAGCUUUAGGAAAUUGCUGUACUUAGCUGCUCGAUAUUGUAUUUUAAUCUUAUUACUCUUGUUGGUAAGUACAUAAGCACUAGAUAGUAGUUGCUGCUAUGUUAUCCAUAUGAGCAUAUACAUUGACUGGCAGAACCUUCUAGAGUUGUAGGGAUUAAACCCCUGACAAUUGAGAGCAUGAACGUAAUAUGGUUUGAAAUUCAAAAGAUAGGACUGAACAUAUUUUUAUAUAACAUGGUUCAGGAAAUUAGUUACAUGAAGACACCUCGUUAAAGUACAGUUUUUCCUUUCAAAUGACCGCUGAAAAUAAAACAGUAAAAUACGUAUGUUAAAAGACACGAAUAUUAGGGAAGGACAUAAUGUCAAAUAAUUAGAAGAGGUGAAGCUUCGAACCCAGGUCGUCUAGCCCACCAUCUUGUGACGCUAGCCGGAAGACCCCGGGGUGUUUUUCAAAAAAAAAAAAAAACUGUGUUAAAGUACAGUUUUUCCUGUCAAGUGACCACUGAAAAUAGAACAGUAUUAUCAAUUGAUUAUUGCCUUUCAUUCAUGCAAUCAACAUAGAUGUGGGGUUGCAAGGAAUUAAACAUAUUUGAAAUGCACACCUUGCUUGUCUAUGUCUUAGAUCUUGUGGUGUAAGUCUUGGAAGACAGGAUGGAAUUGACCUACCACCUAGAAGAAUCUCAUUCUUAUAGUGCCAUCAGUACUGAAAGUAAUGUUUCCUUCUCAUUAUUCUUUUUUGUAAAUUUGAUUGUGCACCACAUGUAAAAAUGCAUGAUGAUAUUGGCCGGUUAUUCAUGCUCUUAAGUUUGUUGUCUUUACCCUUCAAAAGAGUAUGCAGUAGGAUCGUCAAUCUUAAAUUCAAAAUGGAAAAUCUCGUUCAGAUUUCCAGUGCUUCAUUAUCUCUGCGAAUCACUAGUUUGUGUUAAAAUUGCUAAUUUAUUAUAUAUAAUUCUAUAUUAUUAAAGGGUGUCUCACUCUGCCACUCUCUGUUUGCUUCUUCUGUUCCUUGGGUGAAAUUUUGAAUUUUAGUCAUUAGUCUGGACAAGUGGAAACUCUCAUGUCUCUAUUUUUUUCCCACAAACACUCAUCUGUCUAUUUGAUUUACAUUUGGUAUAUUCAUAUUUUCACUAUGCUCAAGUACCUUUCUCAUACUAAGAGGUCCACUGUUAUUCAUUGACUACGGAUCUUGACAAAGCAAAUUUAUACACUGUAUAGUCUACGCAGGCUAAUCCAGCAAAACCCAUAUUAUAUGGUGGCAAAAUAACACUGUUUCUUUCUCACUCCAGAUCAGUUCUAUUAGCUGAAAGAAUCUAUUAAAACGUCCAUCAAUGCAAAUAGCAUUCUAGCAGUCCAGCAUUUCAUUGCCAACAUCAGAUACCUUAUUACCAUUAGUAUCUAAAUAGGUUCGUAUCCUACACAAGAUUACAUAUUCCUGGGAUUUGCCAAGAUAUGAUUUAGACUAGCUCAUGAUCUGCCACAUUAGUUGACACAUUUGGCACAAAAUAUUUGUUGAGAGUUAAUUCCCACUUCAAUUUUCUGAAGCGCAGAACACUGAUUUGACGUUACUUUUUUUGUUACAGAGAACGGUCAUUUCAUUACCUUGUCGGAGAAUCAGUUAUAUACCUGCAGAUGGUUACUUUUGUCUGUUGACGUCAUUCCUGAGCAGAAAUAAGCACAUGGAUGUCUGGCAUUGGUUGGAUUGCCAAUUUUAGGAUGUCAAUUAGUACUACAGUAUGCAGGUUCUAUGGAGGUGUUCGCUAAGUAUGGCUGAUAUGUCACCUUGUUUCUCCGUGGUUCUUCGCACCUUCCAACUUCGCAUCAAGUAAAUUUGAACAACGGUUGGCCGGCUGUCUUGCCUGUUAAUUACAGCAAGUCAAUCAGUCAGUAACUACAGGCCGGAGGAAGGUGACACUCUGACGGAUCGUAUCGGUAUGGCUGACACGAGACGUCUGGCUGCAGCUGUGGUUCGUCGAGUCUUCUUUCCCGGGCCAGAGGUCGCCGUCGUACAAAGCAUGUACCCGUUCCGGCCAUCUGGACACACGGCUGAGCGAGGUUGCUUGCUCAUGGCGACCGUCUACGACGUCGACGACGAUGCCACUUGCUCCGAGGAGGUUGGCUGGGCUGCAUGCUGAGCGCUGCGAGUUGCAGGCUUGCAUUGCAUCUACCACUUUGCAUGCCUGUUCUGCCGGGGCCGUGGUUUUUUGUGGCUGACGGAAUGGUUGAUGGGAUCAUUGCGUAAGGGCGCAACCACGGCAAGGUGGGCGGGCAGGCAGACAUGCAACCGUGGGGAACGGAAGUGGCAAAGCCUUCAGCGACACCGGACUGUAGCUUUUGUGUGGUGGAGGUACGUUAUUGCUGAUGUUUACACUUACCCUCUGAAAAAGGAAAUCUUAAUUUGCAGCGCGCGGAUGCAGCAGCUUAUUGAAGCAGAGGAGAGCGUCGAUCGAGGAACAGUCUCCAGGCCGGGCGGGGUGCAUGCAGCACUGCAAGUGGUGGUGGUGUUUAGCCUUGUGGGCGCAGCUAAGUCAGCGAGCUGCCUCCGUCGCCGCCGUCGCCAUCACCGGAGAUUAAAAAGAGCUUGGAGCAGGAGGGCCUAGCUAUAUAUACGCCCUUCCACCCGCACGCUCCGGUUGCAGUUGCGAGCAGCGGCUCCAGCUCGCCGUGGUCGACUUUCCCGGCGGCGAUCACCGGCAGCGGAGGAGGAGCAGUACGUGUGUAUAUAUAAAGGAUGGGGAGGCAGCCGUGCUGCGACAAGCUGGGGGUGAAGAGGGGGCCGUGGACGGCGGAGGAGGACAAGAAGCUGAUGAGCUUCAUCCUGACCAACGGCCAUUGCUGCUGGCGCGCCGUGCCGAAGCUCGCCGGGCUGCUCCGCUGCGGCAAGAGCUGCCGCCUCCGGUGGACAAACUACCUCCGCCCCGACCUCAAGCGCGGCCUCCUCACCGACGCCGAGGAGCAGCUCGUCAUCGACCUCCACGCCAAGCUCGGCAACAGAUGGUCCAAGAUUGCUGCCAAGCUACCGGGCAGGACGGACAACGAGAUCAAGAACCACUGGAACACGCACAUCAAGAAGAAGCUCAUCAAGAUGGGCAUCGACCCGGUGACGCACGAGCCCCUCGACCGGAAGCAGGAGAGCCCGGCCACCACCUCGCAGUCCACCGUCACGGCGGAGUCGUCCAAGUCCGGCGAGGCGACCAGGCAGCAAAGCCGGCAGCUUGACGACGCCGUCGUCAGGGACAUGUCCGUGUCUGCCGGUGGCGACAGCCCGCCGGAGUCGAGCACUAACACCGCCAGCACCGCCGGUGGCAGUAGCAGCAGCAGCAGUAGCCAUCACCAGGACCCUCUGGUGAAGUGGCUGCUGGAAGAGGACCUGCUGCCCACCGGUGACGAGCCAUGGCUCAAUUUCACGGCCAGCAACGACGUCGACGAGUUCAGUAGCAUCGCCGCCACCGGCGCCACGCCGGCGCUGCCGUGGGACGUCGGCAUGACGACGGACUGGCUGCUCGACUACCAAGAUUUUGGGAUGGGAGACUCGAGCUUGGUGGUCGAUGCCUCCAUGGUCAACAGCUCAAAUGGGUCCAACUUCUAGCUAGAAGAUGUCAGCAGCUUACUUAAUUGUGUUGCUAUCAGUGUAGAUAAUCAAGUGAAGUGUAUAAUUAAUAAAAGCAUCAAGAUUGUGAAAGCAGCUAGGCAUGGCCGGCCAAGAUCGGAGGGUGAUCACAAGUCGAGGCCUUUGCUCUUCGGAAAACCAAUCAACGGUUGGGAUUGAUGCAUUUGAGAGAGGGUAUGCGUAGAUGGUGCAUGUUGUUGUGUAUUUUCCCCUUGAGAUUGAUUCGGGGGUUUGUGCCAUUAACUAGAAGUGUUAUUACUUCUCAAAUGGAGAUACUUAGAUCUUUGUUUUUUUUUUGGAGAGAUAGAACUAUUUGUUGGUGUAGUACCUAUACAUGUUUUCAAUAAAAGAUGUGGGUGGGUAAUGUACAAUAAUAUUAGCUCACUAGUUUGUGUAUAUAUACAAUGGUGUAUGUGCUGCUAAUGAGUUCAGAUAUUGUAGGGUACAUUCUUAUGUGCAAAGCAUGCACGUGUGUUGCUUACUUUA